GAGUAGCAGACAUAUAUCACAUUGUGAAUACUGUACGUUUUUGCUCUUGACAGCACGACAAAGCAAAUCUCCCAUUUUUUAUCUUACAGCGCUUGCGUAAUCAUUGAAAUUAUGCACAUUUUCCUUCCCAUUCGAAGUUGCGACGAUUCUCAGAAGAUAGCCCCUACACAAAGUUGCUACGGCAAGGGAACUUUUUACACGCAAGCGCUCAUACGGUCAACUCCCAUGCAACUCUUCUGAUUGUAAUAGUUUGAAAUCAAAACGCAAUCGAGCAAUUAUAAAAAAUGGCAGACAUGUUACCAACCGACGCCAGCCACACACUGUUUCGAAACAUAAAUUAUAGGUCCGACAUGGAAUACGUGAUGAAAGUCGCAAAAAUCUUGUUAACACCCGUUGGUGUCUGGCCUCUUUACAAGACUGAUUCCACGUUUGAGAAGAUAAGAUACGUUUUCUGGACGAGCUUCAUAUUUAGUUUGAUGUGUUUACUUGUUCCACAUGUCAUAUAUACCUUCUUCGAUGCGGAGGACUUGACAAGAUACAUGAAAGUGAUAGCCGCUCAAGUAUUCAGUCUUCUGGGUAUCGUCAAAUUCUGGACGAUGAUCAUCAACAAAGAUGACAUCAAGUAUUGUCUGAAAGAAAUGGAGAUUCAAAUAAGGGACGUGGAAAGUGAGGAGGAUCGAUUAGUGAUGGUGAAAUACGCCAAAUUGGGAAGACAAUUAACGAUUAUGUACAUAGGAUUAUUAUAUGGUGGUGCGUUGCCUUACCACAUAAUUAUGCCGUUGGUGGCGGAUAAGAUUGUCAGAGAGGAUAAUACGACACAAUUGCCUCUGCCAUAUCUCAGCGACUACAUCUUUUUCGUGGUGGAGAGUUCGCCGUUUUACGAGAUCCUCUUCGUCACACAGAUCAUCUUCAGUACUCUCAUUUUAUCAACAAACUGUGGCGUUUACAGCUUGAUUGCUACCUGCAUAAUGCACGCCUGCUGUCUGUUCGAGAUCAGCCGCAGACACAUCGAAACCUUUUUGAACAACGAAACUGAUGAUCUUCACAAACGAUUUGGUCAGAUAGUCGUACAUCAUAUGCGAGCUCUCAGAUUUACUGAGAUGAUCGAAAAAUCAUUCAACUUUGUCUUUUUAUCCGAAAUGGUUGGAUGCACUAUUAUCAUAUGUUUUCUUGAAUAUGGCGUUCUCAAGGAAUGGGAAGACAAUCAAAUAUUUGGUACAAUUAUAUAUUUUAUUUUAGUAAUUUCAAUUUUAGUAAACGUCUUUACCUUAUCAUCUAUCGGUGAUCGUCUUAAAGAGGAGAGCAUAAAAAUCGGAGAGGCGUCGUAUUGUAUCAACUGGUAUGCAUUUCCUGCGAAGAAUGUGAAUGGUUUAGUCAUGGUGAUGAUCAGAUCAAAUCGUCCAUCAACAUUGACAGCUGGUAAAAUAUUUGAUAUCUCUCUUCAAGGUUUUUGCGAUGUAUGCAAAACAUCAGCGGCGUAUCUUAAUUUCAUUCGAAUGGUUGCGGCGUAAAACGUGAUUAUCCUAAAUAUCAUUCGCUGCA